UGUGCUGCUCUUCGACACGUUAGAUAGCGCUAGGCCUGCUGGGAGGAGGAGCUGCCUGCAGACAAGGGGCAGGGCUCAGCAGACGCACAGCGUUAGGCGAGAGGAGAGGAGAGGAAUCAGAGAACUUCUUUCUUUAAAGCGAACUUGUGAUAUUUAGAUACUCGUUUGUUUAAGAAAGUUGUUUAAAACAGUAAUCAGAAAGAUGGGGAACCGGGUCGCCCGUGAGGACUACGAGUGGGUGUAUACGGACCAGCCGCACGCCGACAGGAGAAAAGAGAUCUUGGCCAAAUACCCUGAAAUCAAGUCUUUGAUGGGUCCUGACCCGAGGCUGAAAUGGAUCGUGUGCACGAUGGUGGCUAUACAGUUUUUAGCUUUCUACCUGGUCAAAGACUUGGACUGGAAAUGGGUUUUGUUUUGGACUUAUGCCUUUGGCAGCUGUAUCAACCACUCAAUGACCCUUGCUAUUCACGAGAUCUCCCACAACACGGCCUUUGGAAACAACAAGGCCAUGUGGAACCGCUACUUUGCCAUGUUUGCCAACCUACCCAUCGGCCUGCCCUACUCUGCCUCCUUCAAGCGCUAUCACCUGGACCAUCACCGCUACCUGGGCGGGGACGGCGUAGAUGUAGACAUCCCCACUGAGUUCGAAGGCUGGUUCUUCUGCACGCGCUUCCGCAAGUUCAUCUGGAUUAUUCUGCAGCCGCUGUUCUAUGCCAUCCGGCCUCUCUGCAUCAACCCCAAACCCAUCACUCAGCUGGAGGUGACCAACGUGGCCUUCCAGCUCACCUUUGACAUCCUGCUCUACUGGCUGUGGGGGGCCAAGCCUGUGGUCUACAUGCUGGCUGGCUCCAUGCUGGGGAUGGGCUUGCACCCCAUCUCUGGUCACUUCAUAGCUGAGCACUACAUGUUCCUCAAGGGCCACGAGACCUACUCUUACUACGGCUCCCUCAACCUGCUCACCUUCAACGUGGGCUACCACAACGAGCACCACGACUUCCCCAGCAUCCCAGGACGCAGGCUGCCCAUGGUGAAGAAAAUAGCAGCAGAGUAUUAUGAUGACCUGCCUCAGUACACAUCGUGGGUGAAGGUCCUGUACGACUUCAUCAUGGAUGAUGCACUGAGCCCGUACUCUCGAGUCAAGAGGAAGCUGAAGGGAGAAGUCAAACAGGAGUAACUUGUUUAGAGUAACCGAAAGCUGCUCUGGAACAAAGCUGCGGCGUCCACCAUGACAGCAGCACAGCUCACCAUCCUAUAAACCUAACAGCUUCUGCAUAUUAAUACAUUCAGCAUGUUAAAUAAGGGUGGAUAUUGUGUACAUGAGUUUGUAAGUGUGCUUUUACUCCACAGGAAGAGAAAAUAGUUCCAGUUAUUUGUUAUCCAGGUCAGAAAAACCAAGCCAAGUGAUGUUAGAUUGAAAAUAUAAUAGUUUGGAGCUUGUGGUGUGGUUAUAGGCAGUACGUAGGGCUGGUUGCACAAACACUCUGCCUUAAACUGAACCACUUGUUUGUUUAAGGCCAGACACCUAAUUUGCUGUGUAUUCUGAACAAAGUAAAACUAUUGGCUGGAUUGCAAUGAAAUUACAAUUUGUCCAAUGCUUUGGUUUAAAACUGACCCCAAAUGUCCACUGAAGGAUUAUUUUUAUUAUAUUUCGGCUGUCUGGUGUCCAGGCUCCUUCACGGCGUUCAGAGAGGAUCUGCUGCCAGCCUAGCCUGUGUGCUAAUGUGCUCUGUACACGGUGGAUCUAUUUCCAACGUCUCUGAGGCCCCACAGUGGCCGUUACCCCAGCCAUCAGUAAUAAUGGCGGUCAAACAACUCUGAUAUGAACAGACUGCUGAAGGAGACUUGGCAGAACCAGAAUGUGAUAUCUGUGGGCUCUCUGCGAGAACUGGAGCUGAGCGUCCCUCGCACUCACGCUGGUCAAGAAGUUUUAAAAUCCAUCAGUGAUGCAGCCUGAGAACAGAAAACUGUCCUCUUCCUCACAACAUUCUCCCUCUGUCUCUCUGUCUCUUGUGUCCUACAAAGACCUUUUACUAGAAACAUUCACGACUGAAGCAGUAGCAAGAACGUAUGUCUGGACUCUAAAAUCUCUCUUCCUCCUUAUUACUCACUACAUAACUGCAGUAACCAUGUUGUCCUCUGCUUGCUGCUGGUCAGUCAGUCAGUCUUUAUUUUUGUUGAACUGUUUUCAUUUGCAUUGGCCUAACUGUAGACCAGUCUAAGAUGUCUGUGCAACCAGCCCCAGAAAACAGCCAUCGAGAUAGCGACACAGCCACCUGUGCACCUUCUCCUCCUGAACUGGUGACUGGGUGCAGUUUGUAGUGUGCCACAGAGAUUAGCUGUACUACUGAAUGGACUUAGAUAUCUUCCUCCCCUUUGGACUCUACUGUGUGUGUGUGUGUGUGUGUGUGUGUUGAAACGUGGACCAAAGUUGAACUCUGAGUGAAUCCGCUCAUUAAGAUCCCUCCGUAUGAAUUGAGUUUUUGCGUCAUGCUGCUGUCAGGCGAGUGUGAUGGGGCGUUUCAUAUCGUGGAUUGAGUUUAUGGGGAGGCUUGCAUUGGUUGCUUUAUAUGCUAAAUGUAGAAGUUAACCUUCUCUGGCCCAUGACCCUUUUUUCUUUUUCAACUGCUCUGCUUUUUAACAUGCAGCACUUUAAUGCACCACCACAUUAUACAACCUGUUGUCAUGCUUACACACAAACUGUGACUGUAACACUCACACUCAUGAGUUGUAUGUUACUCAUCAGUGCCUCAUAGCUUUGUUUUCAAUUCCACAUUUGUGGUCUGAAUUUAAAUUAAAUGAAUUCAUUCACUUUGAUGAAAAACUGUAUGUAAAGAAUUGACUUCCUCUCGGUUGUACAGGCAGGGCUGCAAACACUGCAGUGAGGAGAACGCUUUGAAACAGCCUCAAACUCAAAUUACCUGGGGCCACUGGCCGUUUUGUUCUCUCCUAGGGGCCACUUGAAGACUCUGCAAAUAAAAACACUGAAAUUUUAAUUAAGAAAAAAAAUAAAACAAUGUACAUACAAA